AUGUCCGAAACCUCGACGUCCUCGACGUCCUCGACGACCGCAACGUCGACGAACACCGCCCAGCAAAGGGAAAACCAGAGCAUCGAGAAUUUUGCCGCGUCGCUGUCAACUGCAGCCAUCAUUUUCGGCAUUCAGAUUGGUUUCUUCUUGGUCCUCAGUGGCAAUUGGAAGUUUCACAAGGGAACGGGCAAGAAAAAGCCUGCCGAUGGCGACCAGCAAGACAAAGCGGCCGCGCGCCAGAGUCUGUUCCACAAAAUCUACUAUUACAAGACCGCCUUCGUACCCGUCGCAAAGCGUAUCGCAGCCCCCACGACCGCUAUCGAGUCCUUUCGAAAUGUCUUUACGAUUAGCGACAAAGAACUCAUCCGUAUCGCCGGCGUCGACGGCUACCUUUUCCUCCAAUACCUGCAGCUCCUGCUACGCAUAUUCAUCCCUAUGGCUAUCGUCAUCCUACCUAUUCUCCUACCGAUAAAUCGCAAGGGCGACGAGCCCGGGGUCUCUGGUUUAGACUCGUUCGCUUGGCCCAAUGUAGCCUUUCCAAACAAGAGGCAUCGCUUAUGGGCACACUGUAUCAUCGCUGUAGGCGUCAUAUGCUGGGCGUGUUUCAAUUUCUACUUGGCGCUCAGGCAGUUUGUACGCCUCAGGCAGACUGUCCUUACCAGACCAGAACAUCGUAUUCGAGCAUCUGCCACCACUAUCUUGGUGCAAAGCAUCCCUCAGAAAUGGCUUACCGCCCCAGCUCUCGAUGCCCUCUACGACGUCUUUCCCGGUGGUAUCAAGGAUAUCUGGAUAAACCGCAACUAUGACGACCUAAUGGAUAAAGUCAACGAUCGAACCAAGAUUGCAAGGACCCUCGAAUCUGCCGAAACAAACCUUAUAAUAGCGUGCACCAAGAAGCACAGGAAGAUGGAGGAAAAGGCAGCCAAGGAGGCUGGAAAGAAAAAGUCCAGAAAAGAGAAGAAGCACGACGUAGCUAUGGAGAACCACGCGAUCAACCAGGAGACUCACGAUCACGGUGUAGAUGCUGGUAACCCCCACGAGAUCGAGCAACAACUCCAAAAGGUCCUCGAGGAGUCGCCCUCGUCGUCUUCCUCUUCCUCACGGUCAACCUCACCCGAUCGGAAGCGUGGCAUAGUGCCAAUGCAAUUUUUGGGAGAAGGUAUGCAUGCUGUCGGUGAAGGUUUCCGUGAUGUCGGCCAUGGUGUCGAUCGUUUCAACAAAAAGGUCUACGGUGGAAUGCGCGGUGUGUUUGGCGGAAAACCCCGCCAGGCUGGCCAGGCACAGACACAAGAGCAGGCACAGGCGAGCCUCGAUGGUGCCGACGAGGUCCCAGGAUCAUCGCCAACCUCUGCCGACUUUCACCAGAGGGGGGCUAGUACUGACACCCAUACGCCUUUGGCCAGCAAGGAAACUUAUGCCUCUGAUGGCACUAUCACCGAGCCGAACUCUCCCCAGACAGACCUGAAAGCGCCUGCAGCUACAGCCGAGCCCGAGAAGAAACCUGUCACGCCUGGAUGGAAGCACCCUUUCAACAAGUUAAAGGCCGUCUACGUUGGUCAAGGUGAUUUUAUAAGCCCCAAGCCAUUCGAGAACCCAGGAGAAGAGCUGCCACUAGAGCUCAAGGACCCUAGUAAAAUCAAGUAUGAUCUCACAGGACUGUACGACGAGUCCAUGGAAGAGGAUGGCGAGGAUGCUCUCUGGAGAAAGUACCUUAGGCCAAAGGACAGAGAAACGAUGCGACUACCGAUCUUCAGUUGGUCUUGGUGGCCGGCUUUGCCUUUAGUUGGCAAGAAGGUUGACACCAUCUAUCAUUGCCGGAAAGAGCUCGCUCGGCUCAACGCUGAGAUCGCGGACGACCAGGCUCACCCAGAACGCUUCCCGCUGAUGAAUUCUGCCUUUAUCCAAUUCAACCAUCAGGUUGCGGCACACAUGGCCUGUCAGUCAUUGAGCCAUCACAUCCCAAGGCAGAUGAACCCGAGAACCGUCGAGGUCAACCCCAAUUACGUGCUCUGGGACAACUUGACUAUGAAGUGGUGGGAGCGUUACUUGCGCAUGUUCGGAAUUAUUCUGCUCAUUGUAGGACUUAUCAUCUUCUGGGGUAUCCCCGUCAGUUUUACAGGAGCUUUGUCCCAGAUUGACAGUCUGACCGAGACUUUGCCAUGGUUAGGCUUCAUCAACAAGCUUCCCGACUGGGUAGUGAGUUUGAUACAGGGUGUGUUGCCACCAGCUUUCUUGGCCAUUCUCUUUGCUGUGCUGCCUCUGGUCCUGCGCUUCCUAGCUGGUCUUACUGGUACGACGACAUCAGGCGAACGCGAAUUGCUCGUCCAAAACUUCUAUUUCGCCUUCGUCUUUGUUCAGUUGUUUCUGGUAGUAUCGAUCUCGACAGGUAUCACCUCGACGAUUGACAAACUGAUCAACGACCCACUUAGUGUCCCGCAGACACUAGCGCAGAACCUUCCCAAGGCUGCUAACUACUUCUUUUCUUACAUGAUUCUGCAAGCUCUAAGUAUCAGUUCUGGUACUUUGCUACAGAUCGGUGCUGUCGUUGUCAUUAUAUUCCUCCGCUUUCUUGACACAACGCCUCGAGAGAAGGUUUCAAGGGUGUUGCAAAGACCUGGUAUCAAUUGGGGAACUAUGAUCCCUGUUUACACCAAUUUUGCUGCCAUUGGUCUCAUCUACUCCGUCGUCGCUCCCUUGAUUCUGAUCAUGAUGUUGAUCACUUUCUGCCUCUUCUGGUUCACAUACCGCUACCAAAUGAUCUACGUUAGUUACGCUAAGGCCGAAACCAACGGUCUUAUCUUCCCGAAAGCUGUCAACCAGCUGUUCACCGGGUUGUAUUUCCUCGAGCUCUGUAUGGUUGGCUUGUUCUUCUUACAAGAGGACAACAAAGGAAACCAGUCUUGUUUCCCUCAGGGUAUCAUCAUGAUCGUUAUGGGCGUCUUUACUGUCCUCUUCCAAGUAGUACUGAACAGGGCGUUCGGGCCUCUUUUCACAUACCUGCCAAUCACAUUCGAAGAUGAAGCGGUCCUUCGAGACGAGGAGUGGCAGCGAGCACAGGCUAGCAAAUGGGAACGCGAUGACGAGCAUCAAUCUCUCACUGCUCAACAAGAUGCAGCGCAGACGGCCGAAGCGCGCGAGCAAGCACACCUGGACGAGCAAACCCGCAUUGAGGAAAGGAAACAACGCGAAUCAUCCUAUGGUCCAGGAUCUUAUGAGCUGAGCAACUUGGACGGUAACAUGCAAUCUACUGGCCAUGGGCAAUCACCUCGACCCGGCAACCGUGGUCGCAACACCAGUUGGGCAGACCGCUCCCGCCGCAGCUCCAACUCGCGCUCACAAUCCCAUCACAAGCAGCACCACAAGCGCAAGGAUCCUCUAGAUAUGAUUACCAGUACACUCAAGAAAGGUCUCGACGAUGUUGCAAAACCCAUCCGCGAUGUUGAAGCACAGGUCCUGCCCGCUGGCAAUCUUUUCGAUGAAGUAGACGACGAGCUCGCUGACAUCGAACCUGAGGCUCGCCAAAAGCUUAUCAAACGCUCCUUCCAGCAUCCGGCGACACGCGCUAUCCAGCCUGCCGUCUGGAUCCCGCAUGAUGACCUGGGUGUCGCUAAGGACGAGAUUCAGAGGACUAGUGCAUUCACGAAGCGGGUAUGGAUCACUAGUGUGAAUGCAAGGCUAGACGCAGGCGGCAGCGUCAUUUACAGGGGACUGCCGCCAGACCGGGAUCCCUUCGAGAACAUUGAGGUUUAA